CACACUCUUUCAAUGAAUACUAAUGCAGCGAGUGGGCACACCUCCCUUCCUGCUAUCUUUUUUCACAGGGAUGGGCGGGAGAGGGGAGACAGAGCAAUUCCAGCUCAGUAUCCCGCCUCGUGAGGCAGGCAGUGCUUGACUAGCAGCAGCCCCCAAUGCCUUUUUUUUCUCCCACUGAGCAAUAUUGGUGAGACUGUGCGUUGCUGCUGCAACAAUGUCUAACCUGUGUGAGUGGCACGUCAUAUCAGACCAGAGUUGAGAGAGAGGAAAGGACAUCUGUGCCUGCUUUUUUUUUUUUUGUCAUCUGGAUGGGAAGUCUUUUUUGGGAGGAGAGACAGAAGAAAGCAGAAGGCAGCCGGGGAAGGGGAAAAACUGGCAAUAGCCAAUCCCCCCUUCCACACAUAGUCUGGAGACAACGGAGGCCACUGGAGUAUUUGCUUUUAUCUUUCGUUUUUUGUUCUUUUUUUUUCUCAUCGCGCUACUGGGAGGUGCUUUACCUUUUCAUUUGCUUGCUCUCUCGGUCCUCUGUCUUCUCAUCUAUUUCGCCAUUUACCUGGUCAACAAUUUCUUCUAUUUAUGAGCCAAACAAGGAGGGAGAGAGAGAGAGAGGCAGAGAGACAGAGAAAAAGAGAAAGAGGAGGGGGAUUUUAUUUUUUGCCCCCUUAUUCUCUUUUUGUGCCCUUCGUUCAUUCCUCCUUCCCUCUCCAUCGCUAUCACUUGCAGCCCUUUCUAUCCCUGUGCAACCCACGCUCCCUCCUCCCCUACCGCCUCCCUCCUCCUCCCCUACCGCCUCCCUUCUCCUCCUCUCCACCACACCACUCCGCUCACUGUCCACCCGUAACUUUGGCUACUUUUUUGAUUCCACCAGUGUUUUAAUUUCCUUACUUUAAAAAAAAAAAAACCCCAACUCUUUUAAUUGGCUUGCUUGUAUUUUCUAUUUACGCCUUUUUUUCACUUUUGUACCUUUUCCUAUUCCCCCCCCCCCCUUCUCUUUUUUUCCUCCUACCAUCCUAUGCAUCUUUUUUGGGCGAUUCUUAAUUCUAACCAUAGACUGGCGGACGUCAGAAAAGCACGCAACGCCAAACAUCUCUUCGGAGGAGCGAAGGGGAGAACAGAAGUGAAGCUGCUCCUGUGGAGUACAAUUAACUCGAAAUUGCUGCUUUACCCUCUUGACCCGUCGAGGAUUUUACCUAAAACUGCUUUCAGCCUCCCUCAGUCUGAGGCUAUGAGAGGGAGAGAGGAGUCCCAGGCCGCACCAUCAUGCUACUUCUGAGACGCUGGGAUGAGACUUUGGCUGGCAAAACACAAGGUAUUACCCUCCCACUCCUCCACCAUGCCUGUCUGCGGCUGCCUCCGCCCCUCCUCACCUCGGGGCCAAGCUGGGGCCUCCUCCUCCGCCCCCUCGGUCGGCCAGGAGCAGGAGAGGCGAGUCCGACCCCUACAUCCACCCCCGCCUCCGUCGCUCCAGUGCCACACCAGCGCCUCCCACCGCCUCUCGCUUCUACUCCUGCUGCUCUGCCUUCUCCACCUGCCCCCGGCCUGCCACUCACGGAGAGAGAAAGGCGGGGGAGGCGGUGGGGGAGGUGGCGGUGGUGGCGGCGGCGGCGGCCACUACAUCCCCAUCCCCCAACCCCCUCCCCACCACAUGGCCCUGCCCAACAUCCUGCGUGGCCUCAGCAUCGCCGUUGUCCUGGUGGGCAACUCCAGCGAGGUGGCGCUGGCCGGGGCGCGGGAGAAGGACGACUUCCUGCACAUGGCACCCAACGUGGAGGUGCUGACCAUGAAUGAGACGGACCCUAAAAGCAUCAUCAAGAGCAUCUGUGACCUAAUGACGGAGCACUGGCUGCAGGGCGUGGUGUUUGGGGACGACACCGACCAGGAGGCCAUCGCCCAAAUCCUCGACUUCAUCUCAGCCCAGACCCACAUCCCCAUCCUCGGAGUCCGCGGGGGGUCCUCCAUGAUCAUGGCUGCCAAGGAUGACGACUCCAUGUUCUUUCAGUUCGGCCCCUCCAUCGAGCAGCAGGCGUCAGUCAUGCUAAACAUCAUGGAGGAGUACGACUGGUACAUCUUCUCCAUCGUCACCACGUACUACCCGGGUUACCAGGACUUUGUCACCAAGAUCCGUAGCACCAUCGAGAACAGCUUUGUGGGCUGGGAACUGGAGGAAGUUCUACUGCUCGACAUGUCCGUAGACGACGGAGAUUCGAAGAUCCAAAACCAGCUGAAGAAGCUGCAGAGCCCCGUCAUUCUUCUCUACUGCACAAAAGAAGAGGCCAACACCAUCUUCGAGGUGGCCCACUCUGUUGGGAUCACGGGCUACGGCUACACGUGGAUAGUGCCCUCGCUGGUAGCUGGAGACACUAUUGUAGUGCCUGCAGAGUUCCCCACAGGUCUGCUCUCCGUGUCCUAUGACGAGUGGGACUACAACCUGGAGGCCCGUGUUCGCGACGGCGUGGCCAUCAUCACUAUGGCAACCUCCACCAUGAUGAUGGACCGCGGACCUCACACUUUACUGAAGUCUGAGUGCCACGGAGCUCCAGACAAGAAGACCCCCAUCUCAGGCAACCCCAACGAAGUGCUCAGGUACCUGAUGAAUGUGACGUUCGAGGGGCGAAAUCUGUCGUUCAGCGAGGACGGAUACCAGAUGCACCCCCAGCUGGUCAUCAUUCUGCUCAACAAGGAGAGACAGUGGGAGAGGGUGGGUAAAUGGGAGAAUGGUUCCUUGUCCAUGAAGUACCACGUGUGGCCUCGCUAUGAAUUAUAUGGGGGGGCAGCAACCAGGGAGGAUGACCACCUGUCCAUCGUGACAUUGGAGGAGGCUCCGUUCGUCAUCGUGGAAGACGUGGAUCCGCUCAGCGGGACGUGCAUGAGGAACACUGUACCCUGCCGGAAACAGAUCAAAAUCCUCAAUCAGACGAAGGAUUCAGGGAUCUACAUAAAGCGCUGCUGUAAGGGAUUCUGCAUUGACAUCCUGAAGAAGAUCGCCAAGCAGGUGAAGUUCACCUAUGACCUUUACCUGGUCACUAAUGGAAAACACGGCAAGAAGAUCAACGGGACAUGGAACGGCAUGGUGGGAGAGGUGGUGUUGAAAAACGCCCACAUGGCCGUUGGCUCCUUGACCAUUAAUGAGGAGAGGUCGGAGGUCAUCGACUUUUCCGUCCCCUUCAUCGAGACGGGUAUCAGCGUCAUGGUGUCCCGUAGCAACGGCACCGUUUCACCCUCGGCCUUCUUAGAGCCCUUCAGUGCGGAUGUGUGGGUGAUGAUGUUCGUGAUGCUGUUGCUGGUGUCAGCAAUGGCUGUGUUUAUAUUCGAGUACUUCAGCCCUGUGGGCUACAACCGCUGUCUGGCUGACGGCAGAGAGCCUCACGGCCCAUCCUUCACCAUUGGUAAGGCCAUCUGGCUGCUGUGGGGUCUGGUCUUUAACAACUCUGUGCCGGUGCAGAACCCCAAAGGCACCACCAGUAAGAUCAUGGUGUCCGUGUGGGCCUUCUUUGCUGUCAUCUUCCUGGCCUCCUACACUGCCAACCUGGCUGCUUUCAUGAUCCAGGAGGAAUAUGUGGACCAGGUAACUGGUCUCUCAGACAAAAAGUUCCAGAGUCCCAACGACUUCUCUCCUCCGUUUCGGUUCGGCACUGUCCCAAACGGGAGUACGGAGAGAAACAUUAGGAACAACUAUCCAGAAAUGCACGCCUACAUGACAAAGUUUCAUCAGAGAAACGUCAACGAGGCCCUGGCCUCUCUCAAGGCCGGCAAACUAGAUGCUUUCAUUUACGACGCGGCCGUACUGAACUACAUGGCCGGAAGGGACGAGGGCUGCAAGCUGGUGACCAUUGGCAGCGGCUACAUCUUUGCCACCACGGGGUACGGCAUCGCCAUCCAGAAGGAGUCGCUCUGGAAGAGACAUGUGGACCUGGCCAUCCUGCAGCUCUUUGGAGACGGUGAGAUGGAGGAGCUGGAGUCCCUGUGGCUGACGGGGAUCUGCCACCACGAGAAGAACGAGGUGAUGUCCAGUCAGCUGGAUGUGGACAACAUGGCCGGCGUCUUCUACAUGCUCGGCGCCGCCAUGGCUCUGUCGCUCAUCACCUUCAUCUGUGAGCACUGGUUCUACUGGCAGCUGCGCUUCUGCUUCAUGGGCGUCUGCUCCGGCCAGCCCGGCUUCGUCUUCUCCAUCAGCAGGGGCAUCUACAGCUGUAUCCACGGUGUGCAGAUUGAGGAGAAGAGCAGCUCGGCAUUGAACUCCCCAUCAGCCACCAUGAACAACACCCAUUCCAACAUUAUGCGCCUCCUACGCACCGCCAAGAACAUGGCCUCCCUGUCGGGGGUGAACGGCUCACCCCACAGCGCUCUGGACUUCAUCCGCCGGGAAUCCUCUGUUUAUGACAUCUCUGAACACCGGCGCAGCUUGGCGGGCCACUCCGACUGCAAGCCCCCUUACAUCCCGGAAGACAACAUGUUCAGCGACUACAUCAGUGAGGUGGAGAGGACGUUUGGCAACCUCCACCUGAAGGACAGUAACCUGUACCAGGACCACUACCUGCACCACCACGGCUCAACACUGGGGCUCAGCGGACCGGCUCCCAACAGGCCCCACAGUCUGGGCAGCGCUAGUUCUCUGGAGGGGGGCAUGUUCGACUGUGACAGUCUGGGCGGAGGGAUGGCCCCUAUUUUCACCACCCAGCCAUGCUCAGCACUGACCCACAGGAACAUGAGCAAGUUUGACCUGCUGUCUGGACAGACUCCCCCCUCAGGCCAGAGCUUUAAGGGAGGCCUGCCGGACCUGUACGGGAAGUUCUCCUUCAAAGGAGGCGCCUCAAGUUCCACGUUUAUCCCUGGGCACGGCUACUGUGGAGGGAGAGGAGAUGACGAUGGGAAUAUACGCUCAGAUGUCUCGGACAUUUCCACGCACACAGUAACUUAUGGGAACCUGGAAGGUAAUGCCAAGAAGCGCAAACAAUACCGCGAUAGCCUGAAAAAGAGGCCAGCCUCUGCCAAGUCCAGACGGGAGCUGGACGAGAUCGAGCUGGGCUACAGGAGGAAACCCUACCACAUCAGCCACCACCAUUACCACGGCCACCGCUCUACCUCCCCACCGCUUUUGCCCGCUGAACGGAAGAGAGGAGGAGGAGGUGGAGGAGGUAACAACGACGGGAACUCCUAUCUCUUCAGAGAAAAGGAGAGCGUUCGGGAUUUUUAUUUGGACCAGUUUCGGCCCAAAGAGGGCGUCCCUCAGUGGGAACAUGUGGACCUGACGGAGGGCCCUGGGAGUAGAGAUGGAGGAGUGGCGACCUGCACCACCCUGGUUCCAGUGGAUGAUUUUCUUAAGGGCAAACCCAAGAAGUCAGAUUCAAAGAGUGGGGGAGGAUCUGGGCUGGCAGGGGGAGAGUGGGAGUGCAGGAACUGCCGGGCUAGCGGGGGAGGAGUGGGCAAGCAGAUGUCCAUGCAUGGAGGAGUGGGUGGUGGUGUUGGGUACGGUGGUGGUAUGAGCUGCGGGUCCUCUGGAGGCGGAGGAAACAGCCGCCCCAGCUCCGCGACCUGCAUGCGCUGCGAGGGCUGUAAAAAGACAGGAAACCUCUACGAUAUCAGCGAGGACAACAACCACCUCUUGGAACAGAUGGGGGGAGGGAAAGGCGGGGGAGGAGGAGGAGGCGGCAUGGGCGCAGGCCCUCAGUCUCAACCUCAGGGCCAGCAGAGGAGAAAGAGUGGAGGAUUGGGCAAACAACUGAGGCGGCAGCACUCGUAUGACGCGUUUGUGGACCUUCAGAAAGAGGAGUCAGGUGGGAUGGGAAGUCUGAUAGGCCUAGGGGGGGUUGGAGGGAUGAGCGGUGCGGGUAUGGGAGGGAUGCUGCCCCCACCCAGAAGUGUUAGCUUGAAGGAGAAAGAACGCUACAUGGAGGGCUCCAGCCCCUUCGCAAACAUAUUUGAGCGUCACGGGGGCUCGGAGAGAGAAAGGGAAAGAGACCGGGACCCAUUGUUUUACGCAGGUGAGGGCCGGAAAAGACCCGGCUCACCAUUCGGCCUGUUCAGAGGCGGCGAGGGCCUCCACCGCCGCUCCAUCGGAGAGAGAGACAUGCGAGACCGGGACAGGUCUUUGAUGGAAGGAGGAGGUGGGGGAGGGUUCUCUUUAUCCAAAUCUCUUUACCCCGACAGGGUAAACCAAAACCCCUUUAUACCCACCUUUGGGGACGACCAGUGUCUGAUGCACGGAGCCAAACAAUAUUACAUGAAAAAGCAACAGCAGCAGCAGCAGCAGCAGCAGCAGCAACAAGUUGCCAAAAACAGCCGAAGUGACUUCAGGAGCCAGAUGAGCACGACGUCAUAUCUGCCGGCGUCUGCCACGGCCGGGGUGAUGUCCAACGUGACCCCCCGGUUCCCGAAAGAGCUCAGCCACGGUGGAAUGAACCACCACGGCUCCAUGCUGGGGGUGGGCCCCCCACGUCCCUUCAACGGAAGCAAUGGCCAUGUGUACGAGAAACUCUCCAGCAUUGAGUCUGACGUGUGAGAACAAAACACAAAAAGGGGGAGGAGGACCGGACAAUGGCGAGGGAGGAAGGGGGGGGGGAGGAAUAGAGGCAUGUACUAGUGUUGGGAGAUCAGGGAUGAUUUUAAAAGACACUGUCCACACACUGCAACCCUAGCCCAUAUUGGGACAGCACGAUUAGGUAAGAGAGGAGAGAACUGGAGACUGUGAUAUGGAGAUGUAAGAAGAGUACAAAAUCUUGUUUUAGCAAAAAAACUAAUCUGGGUUAAAAAAUCAGGACACUCUGAGGAGGUGUGGGAUGUUAACCCUCUCUCAGAAACGGCCAAAGCUACUCUACUUUUAUGUCCACUCACGGUCGAUCAACAUCCCCCCCACCUCAACAUUAACACAAAUGCGCUCGACUCCCCCAAGUCCAUUAUUUUCAUCCACCGGUGACGCAGAAGUCAAUGUACUCGGUUAUUGUCGCAAAGAGGCGACAGCUCAUCUUUUAAUUUGAUACUGGACGUGUGAGCCUGUUGCGAUGCGACUGCCUGUCGACGCGAGAGCUCCCGCCGAGGCGCUUCUGAGGAAAAAGACUGCGAGAGCGAGCGGCCCAUCUGCCCCUGUGUCACCGCAGAACGGAGACGUUGUCACGCUUACCGGAGCCACGACACAGGCGAUGACUCUCUGCUUCUCUCUCAGCCCCGGCCUGUCCAUCUCCUCUCCGUCCCAACUCGUCUCUUCUCCUCCCCCACAACCCCCCUCCUCCUCAUCCCCCAACGCCAAAUGACCUGAUCUUGUUUGCUUUGAGAAAUACAAUCAUGAAUGAUAAGAUAUUCUUAUAGAAAAAAAAAAACAGGGUAUAAGAACAACAAUAAUAUUGAUAACAUUGUGAAUAACAAAAAUGUUAGUGCUGAUUAUGAUAACACUGCUUAUGAUAUCACUUAAGUUUGUUUUAAUUUGUUUUAUGUUCAGCUGGUAUGAUAUUUCACUAGUGUUUGAGUACCUGUGGUUGUAUCCUGUCUGCCUCCCGUGGCAGCUGGAAGGUUGUUCUAAGUUCAACCAACAAGUCAGAAAGACUGAGUCCUUAACUUCUUAUUUUUUUCAAUGGUUUCUGUAGAAUAGUCUACUUCAUGCUCAUACAUUUAUUUGCUCCUUGUGGAAAAAACAGGAUCUGGAGAGACAUGUUUAGAGCUGACAGAUCCUUCUUUGAUGUUUCAAGACGUUACAAAUGAAGUGCACACACACACACAUACACAUACACACACACACACACACACACACACACACACUCAUACUUUAAACACAUGCCGAUUUUGUCGGUCUGAACUUGUGUUACUGUGAACGACGCGUUUCGUCUCAAAAGCUGAAGAGAUUGAGAGGAAGGACGUGCCUUAAUGGUCUCCAGUGGAUGUGUCCUCCGGUUCACCCGCCGUCCUCGUGCGACAGGCCUGCACCGGGAUGGACCGGCAUGUUUUUUUAGGCUCCUCUGUGACUCUCUUCACGUUUAUUGAGCCAAAGCUGCAGUGAAAAUGUACAGCAAGGCUUUGAGACACUGCAGCUGAUGGUUUAGAUACAAGAGGAUGAUGUUUUAUAACUUCGUAAGAAAAUGAUUUCAUAUGUCGAAUGUGGGCAGCGCUUUACGAACCAGAUGUAUUUUUAGGAUGUCACGGAUAGACCGACCGCGUCUCACUUCACAACACGGCAGCCUUUAGACCACUUCUUUUAUUCAGGUUACAUGAUAACAGUCACCAGGCACUCACCUUUUUAUUUAUUUUCCCGCCUCUCACCAGUAUCUCGUAGAAGGCGUUACUUAUUCACUCACGUAAGCAGUCUGAGAGGCGCGCACAGAAAGCUUUGUUUGUACAUUGUGUAUGAUAAAUAUAUGGACUGCUGUUUAUGUUGGCGAAAACACAAAAUGGGUAGGAAAAAUGUUGUUGCCCCGUGACAAUGAUGCCGAUUAAAGCUUGAGCCGAGGAGGAUGUCGAUUUGGGACAGGCCUCUUCGACACUGACAGAGGCGUCCGGAAGGCGUCCCGAAGGCGUCCUGAAGGCAGCCAUCUUGCGAACAUCUUUGCGAAUGGCUUUUCACUUUAACUGAUGUAGAUAGUCUUUAUUUUUUAUUUAUUUAUUUAUUUUUUUUGCUGGAGAGGCCUCAUUGUAUUGCACAGGACCUUUUUACUUGGUGUAGGUUCAGGCACUUCAGUAGACAUGCCUUAUCAUCCCAUCACCAUGUCCCCCCUCCCCCCAGAGCUGUCUGAUGAUCAUAUUAACUGUAAAUUAAUAUGUACUAUUAAAAGGUUUGAUCUUCAGUUAGCUGGCGGCGUCAGAAGUUCAAGGGCUGCGGGAGAUUGCGAAGGAGUGCUGGCCUGAGACAGGAGCUGCUGGAGUGUGUAGAGUGUGAUCUUUGUCCUUGCGGACUUCUAUCUUAUACCCUAAUCUAAAUGCACCAAUGUAAUAGGUUGGCGUGCGUGCGUGCGUGCGUGCGUGCGUGCGUGCGUGCGUGCGUGCGUGCGUGCGUGCGUGCGUGGGUAUGUGUGUGGAAGGAAGCAAAUCACGAUUGAAUGAUAACAGCUGUAUUUUUUCUGAUAACUAUUCAUAAGUUCAACAGCCUCUCCUCCUACUCCUCCCUCGCUCCACAGACAACACCAUCAAAGUGAGACUGAUCGAGUUAGCCUUAAAUCAAACUGAUCCAUCCAUCUAUCCCCCCUCCACCCCCCACCCCCCGCCCCGCAACCCCAUGACUCUCCUAAUGAAUAGAUUGGGAUCUCUGGAAUUUUUAUACGCACACAUUUUCGAGAGUUCAGGUCAACCAUUAUCAGCGAGACGGUAUAAGGAGAACAGGAAAUGACGGGGGAAUAAGAAGGAGCAGAAGAAGGGAGACUUUGGAGUGGGCAUCAAUCAGUGUCAGCAUUUGUACGUUCAGUCUUUUCCUUGUAAAUAAUAUAUUUCAAACUCUUUUCACUUUGUACAGUCGACAGACAGACAGGAUGUAACUUUCAAUAUGUUUUACAGCAAUUUAAGAAAUAAACAAAACGAUAAUAAAAACUGAUAAAAACGAAAAAAAGUCAUCGACAAAAUUAUGCAAAAAUAUACUUAAGACACAAAUAUUACUAAUCAUAAGUGAUAUAAUUGCACCUUUUUACUUUAAGUCUCAUGUUUACUUAAUUAUAAUAGUUUACCAAUCAGUAUACUUAUUAUGUUAAGAAUUAUGCUUUUUUUCAUAUUUUCACUAAAGUGUUGGAAAUCAAGGAUACUUUACUGUAGGUGUAGACGUUUGGUGAUAAAAAAGGGGGAAAGUUUAGUUUUAGGAGUCUUCGCUAAGUUUCCCUUGAAUUGUGUUAGAUUCUCUCUUUUAAGGUAAGCUCUUCUUCAUGCUUUUUGAGAUCAAUUCAAUUAUCUACACAUUUAUGGAAUACAAUAUUACAUGUAUACAUAGAUGAUAUUUGCAUAUAGAGGCAGUAUAUUGUGAUCCUUCAUUUUUAAGCAGCAAUCCUUGUUAAAAAAACUUACGAGAUAUUUGUGUUUUUGUUGCCCGUUUUUUUCUUCUCACCUGGGCUCUUUAACGGUGACUGCACACAGAAUUUAGAGCCAUCGUCGGCCUGGCCUAUCCUCUUCCCUCUCUAUGCUUGGGAUAGACAUCACUGUGGUAAAGGAAUACACACAUGCAUACACACACACACACACACACACACACACACACACACACACACACACACACAAAUGCACGCUGGCCAUUCCCCAGUGUUGACGGCGUUAAUGUUGCGGAGGAUUUCAGCACAAUCUUGUGGGAAACCCAAGAGUGAGUGUAGUUUCAUCUCAUUGAGAAUCCAUUUGAAGCUGAAAUGCAUUUGUGCAACCCCUUAUUAUUAAAAGGUGCAACAUUUGUUCUGUCACGCCUCAUGUUAUGUAGAGUUUUGCUUCAGGGGAAUCAACUGCUGUUGCUAUAUUCAAGCUCGCAUAUUCCUAAACUGUGUUAUUAGACAGAAAGCCUCGGAUACUGACUUAUGUUUGUGCAACUUUGUGUACUGCUUGCUUCUCAGCACGAGACUGGAAAUAUAAUUUGUUGUGCACAUAUGCAAUUUUGACCCCAUGCAGUCAGAAAUCCCCCCCCCCCCCACACACACACACACACACACACACACACACACACUCUUCUGUAUGGUACUGAUUCCAAUAAGUCUCUAUAAUCUUUGCCUCAACCCUGAGAGAAGAAAUUCAUAUCUCUUCUGUUUUUCUCCUCAACUGUUUUCAUGUCUAGAGGGUUGAUUGAAAAGUGAAAAAUGUUUCUGUGCACGUAAACUCUGUGUAGGUUUGCAUAUUUUUCAUACAAGCCACCACGCUCCUCCUCCCUUAUUUGCAAUAAAAAAAAAAAAAAAAAAACAGGAUGACAGAAAAAAGCUCUUACUGUACUCGGUAUGUGCUAUUUCAUCACUUCCUGUUUUUUUUGUUUUUUUUCCAUGCAUUGGAAAGGGCGAGCUAGGGCCAUUUUCCAGCUGCUGGUUAGGAAGUCAAGGUGCGCCUGACACUGUGGUAAACAUGCUAUCAUCAGGCCUUUACCACCUCCAGCUGCUCUGCUCUGCAGCCAGAGUCUUUAUUUCCCUUACGGCCGAAUCGGUCCCGGGCUCACUUCUCUGCACACGAGCAUGCCACAACACAUUUGUUCAAAUGGGUCGCGUUGAGCGAAAAACACUGUGUCACAUUUUUACAACACAAGAAACGGCCGUGGCAAAGUCAGCGGGGCCUGGAACAUCCUGAAGGCGGAGGAUGUACACAUCACCUCAGCUGACGCGUGUUUUGUCUGUCAGGGAUACUGACACACGGGACCACAUAAGAGCGUGACGUGGUCGGCUACAGGGAUCGAUGUUGACCGGUUAAACUGACUCGUGAAAAUGUAUUUUUUGUGUGUUUUGGAGGAAAAGGUAUUUGACAUCGGUAUUUCUAUCAUAUUGAGUUGCUAAUUGCGUUUUCACACAUGCAGAUAGGAAGGAUUAUACUGUGAUGUUAUAUGAUUGAGUUGUUGUGAAGGUCCAUUUGUAAUUUAGCUGCUUAUAAUUUUCCAGUUCACCCUAAUUCAUUGCAGAACUUGGUUACUCAUAUUUUAAAAGUUCUUUCUGUGUGUACGUGUAUUAAUAUGUAUUGAUAUUGCUUUAUAUUGAUGCAACAUUUUCUAUUAAAUUGUGUACAGUUUUGUUUGUUUAAUAUUGCUAUUUUCCAUCCUCCUCAUUGGUACAGUUAAGGGAUUGCUUUAGCUGAUUGAAAAAUGACAUAAGGGGUUGCUACUAAAUGUAUUUCACAAGGUGAACUCACAUCUUCACUGAAACUACAUAGCCUGAUUCAAUUUACUGUGGGUUGACAAACGUGUAACAUAUGAAUAGUAUCAAUUGUAUACAUAAUGAUAUACAUAAUAUUAUUCUUGGCCAUUCUUUUCUCUUUUUGUGGCCCUUUUCUUUGAAAUAAAAAAAAAAAAACCCACAUUUUUACACCAUACGAACAGAAAACGACACAAAAACAAAUAAUUGUACAGGUUGUGUAAAUACUGAAUACUGCGGUGAAACAUUGACCUUGUUUUUUUUUUGUAUGGAAACUAUCAAAGUAAUCUCAAUAACAAAAUUAACCACGUCAUGACAAAAUUGCAACAAAAAAAUAAAUAAACAUUAAGGUACUUCUAAUAAGGAUAAUAUUGAUAUCUACAAUUAUAAGUGCUCAAAUAAGACUAUUCUUUCUCUUUGUACAUGAUGAACAAAAUGAAGUGUUGAGUAUUAAUAAUAAAAAAAACUAAGUUUCA